AUUUAUCCAAGGAGGAAAAGACUGAAAGAGGCUGCAUCACAUAACACACAUUGCGAUUCGUGGUGCGAGGCGGAGCAUCCCGUCGUUAUCGUGGCCUUGGAACUUUCGCUCAACAGCUUUUCAAUUCAAAAAGAAACGGACAGAGACGUGAAGAACCGGUGUGCUUUUUGUCAAGCCCAACUGCUGCUGCCGUGAGAGCGUCUGUGGCAGGGAUCAUGAGGCUUGGAGCGUCCACUGCACUGAAUCAAGGGGUAUUUUUAUUGCUCGUAGCUACGGCAAGCACGUGCGGGCUUCUUGCUGGCUCUAACAGUCGUCCAAUUCUUUGCCAUGAAGCCGGUAGCAGGAGCCGCAGGAGCACCUCCGUGGUCAUGAAGCUUGCGAGGCCUCGGGCAGUGGAUCGAAGGGGUAUUGCAUGUACCGCAAGGGCGGAGCAGCAGAUACAGAAUAGAAGCAGCAGAGGGGAAGCAGCGGUAGCACCAUCAGGAGUAUCAUCAAUUGCAGCGGCAAAAGCAGUACCGGCAGGAGGACCGCCGGGGGUGCGACGACGGAGAGUUGGGAAGCCAGGAACUGGUGCGAGGGGCGCGGUGACGCCAGGGAAGGGCGAUGUGACUUGGCACUUCGACGCACGUAGCGUGGCGUGGACAGCAGAAGAGAUGGCAGGAGCUGGAGGCUCGGCUAUGCAGAGUUUGAGACAGAGCGUGGCUGGAUUGCCUAGACUCAAUCGCGAGGACGAGGCAACGUUGUGCAAGGACGUACAGCGAUGGCGACGCCUAGAGGAAUUGCGCGACGAGGUGUCGGCCGAGGAGGCGUCGGCGACCGGCGGGGAUCCGGGGACGAGAGUAGGACUGGAGGCAUGGGCAGCAGCUGCGGGCGUGGACGUGGCGGAUCUUGUGGGGCUUGUGGAGAGAGGGAAGGCCGCCAGGGAGCAGCUCGUGUUGUCACACAUUCGUCUGGUCAUGUACCUCGCCGGCAAGAGGAAAGGGAGGACUGCCCUGUCGUCCAUGGACCUCAUACAGGAAGGCGCUAUCGCUUUGCACCUGGCCGCGGAGAGAUACGAUCCCCAGAGAGGCGUGAGGUUCUUCACCUACGCCGACUGGUCGUUGAGGGCAGCCUUCGAAAGGGCGGAGGCUUCUCAAGCGACGACGAUAGCCAUACCGCGGUACGUGUACGUACAGAAGCGGCGCCUCAAGGCAAUACUCGGGCAACACUGUGGGCCCCAGACAAGUCAGGAUCUAGCAACGUCCCUCGACAUGUCGGAACGCCAGUUGGCCAAGCUUUUGCGGAGGGCGAAGGAUUGCCAAUCUAUGAACAAGGUCCUUGUUUCCAGCGGGGUCACACUAGGAGAGAUGAUACCGGGGGCUCAAUCGUGUGAGAAUAUUUUGAGACGAUUGGACGCGGAGGCAUCGCUGGUCGGAUUGCUCGGGACCCUCAAGCCGCAGGAGGUGGAGGUGAUCGUCCACCGCUACGGGCUGUUCGGCCGAAGAAGAAAGUCUACGCCGGCAGUGGCCGCGGUCAUGGGAGUCAGCCGACAGUACGUCGGGCGCGUUCAUCGGUCCGCGCUUGAAAAGAUGCGAGCGUCUUUCGAAGCAGACCAACAACCAAGGUUUCACCCCAAGACCAUAGGCACCAAUGCCGGCUCCGCGGCUGGCGGCACCGCGUCAACCGUCGUGGCUAGCCGCCACCACCGCUAGGUAGCGCGCUGUCGCACGCCUGACCCAAUCCUGGAUGAAAUCGGAGUUCAAGCUUUGAGGAGGCGUGGUAGUGACGGAACAGGAUAGCGUGUUGACAAUUAUAUGUACAUAUGAUACGGUGUCGCGAAUAUGUACAGAACACGCCACAGCGUAAGAAACUCGCGUUCUGCGCGCGACCCUCGCGCUGUAUUUGAUCUGAGGGUCAGCCGUGAUGGGUAGUGCGGGCACGGCUUAAGUUCUUAUAUUUCGUGAUUAUCGAUCUCUCAAUUCCCCCGAGACCAACUUAUUGAGUGUUGGCGCGUUUUGUAUUGGUUGAACAUCAGCUUAGCAGCAGCCAGUUUUCAUGCUACUUUUCUUGGUAUGCUUGCAUGCGAUAUACUUUGAAGGAGUUGUGUUUGCGUAUGGUGGGAUCGAGAGAGACGGAGAAAUAGAAAGAGAAAUGACCGGGAGAGAGAACGGAGAGGAAUGAAUGGGAGCGAGAGGAGAGAGAGAGAGAAAGGGAGAGGGAGAGAGAGAGAAAGAAAGAGAGAGAGACGGAGGAACGAGAAAGAGAGAGAGGUGUAAACUUUGUGUGCGUGCUUCGGCGUGGUUUUUUAUGCAUUCCAAUGUGUCUGGCGAAGCUUGUUGUCCCACCAGAGCGUUAUUUGUCAUGUUCGAUCGAUAAAUGCGAUUUCUGUUUACUUGGUUGUAUGCAUGUUCGGGCAGGGCAAGAUUUCCCUGCUGCGACUGUAGCUCGCACGUCGUAAGUAAGCGGAUGUGCCAUUUUGGCAAGCAUAUUGGCAUCCUGCUUGGCGGGACACGUGUGCCACCAUGGCAAUGGAUGGAAUCGUGGAAGGCACAGCGGGCACCACAGCAACUUGAGAGUUUCUUAAAGACACAAAGAGUCCCGAGAAAGUUUCGAAACGUUGUUGGCGUGCAACAACGCUUUCAU